AUGAGGGCAAGGGAAGAGCUGGACGGGCAAGACGAGGACCGAGAAGCCGUGUUAAGGGAAUUGGACAGCGUCAAACCAACCCACGUUAUCAACACCGCUGAUGCUCGCGGCUCUCCAAAUGCCGACUGGUGUGAAAAUCACAAGGACCAAACUAUCCGUUCCAACAUUAUCGGAGUAGCCAACUUGGUCGACUGCUGCUUCCUUCGCGGUAUACAUAUCACGCAUUUCGCUUCUGCGUGUAUUUACGAUCAGGACGAUGCGCACCCGCUAGACGGAUCGGGGUUUACCGAGGAGGAACCUCCGAACUACUGGGGAUCGUUCUAUUCUCAGUCGAAGCUGAUCUCCGAGAAUGUGCUCAAGACGUACCCUAAUGUCCUCAUUCUUCGGAUUCGGGACCCUCUUGCUGCAGACCUGCAUCCCAUGAACUUUGUCACCAAGCUUCUGAGCUACAAGAAAAUCGUCAACGUUCCCAACUCAGGCUCGAUUAUGACAAAUCUAGUCCCCGGGGUCAUCCUCCUUGCCAAACACAAGGAAAUCGGCAUUUAUAACUUUACCAACCCCGGAACUUUUACCCACAAUGAGGUGAUGGGCCUGAUGAAGGAGUACAUCCGGCCUUCUUUGACCUGGGUCAAUUUUUCUCUUGAGGAACAGCAUGCGAUCUUGAAGGCCCCUCGGUGUAAUGCAAAGCUGGAUGCCACUAAGCUGAUCAAUAAACUUGGGGAGUAUGGAUACACUGUGUUAAAUGCUCAGAAUGCUCUCGUUGAGGCUUUUGUUGAGAUGAAGGCGAAGGGAUUGCAGUAG